AUCGACCAGGACUCGCGUCCUUCUGAGGGCCUACCCACCUUUAAGGCAUCUACCCCCAUUCCUUAUGGCACCCUUGUAUUCUUUCUGCUACUUCGGUCCAAAAUCCUCAGUCCGAAAGGCAAGGGCAAAUCGGGAAACUGAGCACCUCCGGGAGUGACUCGACGACACUCUCAAUGCCUUCGGCGGUCACUUCACGAGUGACCGCCCUUCGUUUCGAGGCACAUGCGGAAGUCGAUAUAUGCUGCCCAGCUCAUUCCUACGCUGGGUACUCAUGCUCAAGGACUAGACGUGUGUGCGGCAUCUUUUCCGUCCGGCAACGGCCACUUGUCGUCUUCAAGUGGUUCUUCACAAGAUUUUGCGCGCGAGUUCAACAUAGAGGUAUUGGACCCGCUCACGUCCGAGGAUUUCGCAUGGCUUCCUCUCCCGGCCACGGGCCGCUUGUCGGGACUGCAAUGCGCAGCAUUCUGCGCUCAUCUUCACAAGUACUUAUCCUUCUAUUUACCACCAACUUCGUCGACGGAUGACGAAGUCGCGGUGGGGGACAUCCUUGCGUAUGUUACCAAGGUGGCCCAUGAGCUUCGCAAGCAGCGGUACGAUGACAACAACGCACCGCUCCUCUAUGUCUGCAUCCAAGUUGGGCAAGCGUCCUGCAGCGCUUUGCUGGAUAGCGGCGCGUUGUAUUUAUCGCAUGAACGAGGAGAAGCUUACGUCCUCCGCGCGCAACUCGACGACUUGUUGGACAAGGGCUGGAUCCGCCCUAGUAGCUCUCCAUACGGAGCGCCAGUUCUCUUCGUACGGAAGAAGAACAAGGAUCUACGAUUGUGCAUCGACUACCGCAAGCUCAACGCGCAAACCGUCAAGAAUGCGGGGCCUCUUCCUCGCAUCGACGAUCUUCUUGACCGAGUGGGCGGCGCGAAGUACUUCUCUAAGUUGGAUUUGAAGUCGAGAUACCAUCAGAUUUCAAUCCGACCGAACGAUCGCUACAAAUCCACGUUCAAGAUGCGGUACGGGCAUUUUGAGUGGGUGGUCAUGCCUUUUGGCCUCACCAACGCCCCGACGACCUUUCAAGCGGCAAUGACCAACGAGUUUCAUGCGAUGUUGGACCGGUUCGUGCUUUUCUACUUAGACGACAUUCUUGUCUAUAGCCGGUCAUUGGAGGAUUAUCUUGAGCACCUUCGACGAGUGUUGGAGAUGCUCCGCCGCGCCAACUACAAGGCCAAUCGCGACAAGAGCGAAUUUGUUCGGCAAGAGCUGGAAUACUUGGGCCAUUUUGUCACACCGGAGGGCAUCAGUCCGCUAUCGGACAAGAUUCAAGCCAUCCAAGAGUGUCCGGAGCCGCGGAACGUUACGGAUGCUCGUUCGUUCCUUGGCCUUGCCAGCUACUACCAACGUUUUAUCAAGGGAUACUCGAAGAUCGCGGUCCACUUGUCCAAGCUUCAAUGCGAGGAUCGGUCGUUUGACUUCGGAGAGGAUGCGCGAGAAUCAUUUUUGGCUCUCCAAGCCGCGCUAUUAUCUGCGGAGGUCUUGCGCAUCUACGACCCGCUAUUGCUUAUGCGCGUCACUACGGAUGCGUCCGGCUAUGGCAUUGGUGUCGUCCUCGAACAACACAAUGGCGUGGACCGGCACCCGGCCGAGCACUUCAGCAAGAAAGUGCCCGUCGUGCACUCCAUUGAUGAUGCAUGCAAGAAGGAGCUCCUCGCCUUCGUCCACGCGCUCAAGCGGUGGUGGCACUUCCUCCUUGAUGCUCUUUCACGACAUCGUAGUCAUUGUACCGCAGUCUACUCGAUCUUCGAGAUCGGCGACGACCUGCGGCACAACUUCAUCCGCGGCUACAAAGCCGACCCCGAGUUUCGAGACAAUUCCACGAUGCUCCCGCCACCGGACACUUUGGAGUCAAUCGCACCAUUGGCGGACUUCGCGAGCGAUUUUGGUGGCCCGGCCUUCUCGACGACGUCACACGCUAUUGCAAGUCAUGCGAGGUUUGCUGAUGUUGCAAAUCGUCGUCCAUACGGCGAGUUGCGACCGCUACCGAUCCCCUUGCGCCAAAGGGAAGCGAUUGCCAUGGACAUUAUCAGACCAUUCCCCAAGCACGAGACCGGUGUGGAUGAGAUUCUCACAGUGGUCGACCGACUCACCAAGUUUGCCAUGUUUUUGCCUUGCCGCUAUUAUGCCAAGGCACCGGAGUUGGCGGAGAUGCACAUCACGAUGUCUCUCUUUUGGAAUUGUUUGAAAUUGUCGGUGCUCACUCGAUUUAUUCCCUUUCUCUUCUAUCCAAUCUCACUCAUCUUCGACAUUGAUGAGGAGACCCCUGAACCCGAAACUAGGCAGCAAGUGGACGAGCGGAAGAAGGCUUUGAUUGUCCGCUUGGGCCAAUUGAUUGAUCUCCAUGACGCAGGUGUCGAAGCUGAGGCACACGUGUGGGCCAAGUUCGAUUUGAAGGCAGCACAAGCUGCUAUCGAACAGGCUGAAACAGGCACUGACGUCAUGCAGGCUCAGGAUGUAGUAAUUAAGUGUCGUCAGACACUUGAUAAGUAUAUCAUCGAGCAGCUUGGAAAGAUUGCAGACCGGAAAGAGGAGAAAGAAGCAACUGUGUUUGAAGAAAAUGUGGAUGAAAAUAUCAGACAACUAGAAGAAGCACUUGAGAGGGAGAAGAAAAAGAAAGAAGAAUUGAGAAAGAAAAAGAGUGAACAGCAAGAGCAGAAAAUCCAAGAAAUCAGACAAACUGUUAUCAAGACCGAAGGGGAAAAUCAGGAAAUUUCUUUGGCUCAAGUUGUGACCUACCUAGCUCACCUUGAGAUGAAAAUUGAUCAGUACAGUGAACAGAUGCAGGCACAGAUUGAUGAUGUGGCCGCGAGACUAUGGAAAAUCACAAAUCUGGUCAAAGGAAAGCACCAGGACCACACCCUCGUCGUCUUUGAUGACGAUACUGUGGAGAAGUGGCCAUUGGAGGCCAAGGGUGUCGCGAGCAGCAGUGAGUUUGGGAAGGGGGAAGUCACUGCUAUGGUGGUCAACAAGGGAGGACCACGACCGACGGUAAAGAAGAAGAGACCACGCUCAUUCCCAGAGCACCCCGGAAUUGCGGUCGGGAGGCCGUGGGAAAAGAUGGGCCUGUCACGAGAAACGUGGCAGGAGCGGAUGGACAACGCACAAUGCCUGAAGUGUGGCACUGGAGGGCAUGCGAUUGCUUGGUGCCCGUUAAUCCGAACCCCAAAAGCGAGCAGCUAAUAGGAGUAACAUCUGCUCCUAUUAAGUCUUAAGGGUUUGGAUGUAUAUGAAGGUAAGGCGCCUACUAACCCUUUCAACCCUUUGACUCACAUGGCAGAGGAUGGUUCUUCUUUGGCCCAUCGUCCGGAACACCUUGAACUUGUCUUAUGCACUGUCUCUCUGGACGACUCUCUUGACGAGCUCGGUAACGAGUUGUUGGCACUACGGAGCUCGUGGGCUAGGAAAUCUAUGAAAGCAAUCCGCAAGUUGCAUCUCGGAAUGAAAGUGAAAGAUUUGU